CUGGUGUGCGAUCCGGACCGUUGAAUCCCCUCUCCCCUGUCAGUACGGAGACGGUGGGCGUGGCUAGGAGAAUGGAGCUGGAGCAGGCCUGGCUCUAGUCCCCUCCCAGCACGACCCGCCCCCUCACUGUGAAAGCGGCCGCUGGGCAUUGUGGGAGCGGCUGAGGCGGUAAAAUGGAGGAUCUGGCAAACGAAGAAAAACCUGCCAUAGCACCUCCUGUGUUUGUGUUUCAAAAGGACAAAGGCCAGAAGAGGUCUGCAGAUGGAUCUAGUCCAGAGCUAGGAGAAGAUUCUGACAGAGAGGAUGGGAGUUACUGCCCUCCACCGAAAAGAGAACGAACAUCGUCCUUCUCCCAGUUCCCUCCUUCUCAGUCAGUGACAAAGAACAAUGUAUUCAUGCCAUCCAGCUUUUGUCAGCCUUCCACUGGUAACUCCGACUCGGAACCAGAGGAAAAAUCCAGUGGAUUCCGGCUAAAACCGCCCACGCUCAUUCAUGGUCAGGCCCCCAGUGCAGGACUUCCCAGCCAGAAACCCAAGGAGCAACAGCGCAGUGUUCUGCGUCCAGCAGUGUUACAAGCUCCACAACCGAAGGCUUUUUCCACACCAUUUUUCAGUAGUGGAACAAAUGGCAUCAGUGUAUCCUCCGAACCAUGUGGCUCCUCUACAAAUAAAACUAUUGCAAGCCCUGCAGCCCCAUCACUUUCCUCUGAUAAGGCCAGCGACGCUCAACCCGAGUCCUCGACCGGUAAAUUUGGUACUGAGGGCUCAGAGCGGGCAGAGCAGAACUCUCAGCAGUCCUUUGUUUUUGGUCAGAAUCUUCGAGACAGAGUGAAGCUUGGAGCUGAAAGUAAAGAUUCACUUGAUGGGGAGAAUAUUGGGCCACAGAGUGCAGAUGCUCCAGCACAGACUAAUUACUUUCUACAGUACAUCAGCUCCAGCCUAGAAAACUCUGCACACAAAGCAGACGCUGCCUCCAAUAAGUUUGUGUUUGGGCAGAACAUGAUUGAGAGAGUUCUGAGUCCUCCCAAAGCUGAGGCGGGUUCUGACAGCAAUAAGGAGAAUGCUGGAGUAGAUUCUGGUUCGGAUGGAUCUUCUAUGGAGAAUACCCCAGAGAAAUCUAAUAACAUUUCAGAAUCGCUUGCGGAAUCUGCAGCUGCAUAUACAAAGGCAACAGCAAAACGAUGUUUACUGGAAAAGGUGGAAGUAAUCACAGGAGAAGAAGCAGAGAGCAAUGUAUUACAAAUUCAAUGCAAACUAUUUGUGUUUGAUAAAGUAUCGCAGUCUUGGGUAGAGAGAGGUCGUGGACUUUUGCGACUCAACGACAUGGCUUCUACGGAAGAUGGCAACUUGCAAUCUAGACUAGUGAUGCGCACACAGGGCAGUCUGCGACUAAUCCUCAACACUAAACUCUGGGCACAGAUGCAGAUAGACAAAGCAAGUGAGAAGAGCAUUCGAAUAACUGCAAUGGACACAGAGGACCAGGGUGUCAAAGUUUUUCUCAUAUCUGCAAGUUCUAAAGACACAGGCCAGCUUUUUGCUGCAAUUCACCACCGUAUCCUUGCCCUGAGGAGCCGAGUAGAGCAGGAGAUAGAGAUCAAGUGCCCUGAGCCCGUGAGGGAAGUGACCCAGUCCAAUGAGGAAGACAGCGAUGAUGAUGUCCUAACCCCUGCAGUUUCAACUACAAGUGCACCUAGUGACGAAGGAGACAAGCCACCUGUAUCCAGUACAUAGCAGCCACUUACCUCAUUACCAGAAAGAUGGUGAUCCUCAACUGGCAGAGUUGACAGUCUACAGCUUACCCUCCGCUUUUAAGCCUCAUGGAGUAUUUAAAACCAACUCCCAAUGUUAAGGCUGAACUGAGGACACAGACUUUACACCCACCCAGGAACUGUUCUCUCUUUUUGUUCACCCUAAGUAAACCAGAAAAAAAUACAUUGGAUAUAAAUAUAUAUAUAUAUAUAAUUUUUUUUUAUAGUGUUUUUGGAGGGGAUCAGGGUGUUAUCCAACCUAAACACAGUGUAGAAUGCUUGCCUGGAUGUACGAGAAUAAAACAGCUCAUCAUAUUGAUGAGCUGAAAUAACUUUUUUUUUUUUCUUCCCUCCUGUUAAGAGCCAUGCAAUUUGCAUUGCUUUUCCAAAUAUUUUUUUUUUUUAUAUACAUACAGAUUAUUAUUUUUUUUUUAUUAUUAUUAUUAUUCUUUCCAACCCACUCAAUGUACAUAUAUCUUCUGGUAGUUGGUUGGAUCCCAGUCCUGUCCGGAACAAAGUGGUUACCGAAUAUGUACAGGAAUUCUUGCCUAAUUUGUUCACUUCCAAAUACCCUCUAGUGGAUGCCUUUCAGAUUGGAAUAAAUACUUCAAUAACACUGACUUUUGCAAAGCUCUUAAAAUAAGAACAUCUUGUUUAUUGAGGACUUGCCAGUUGAAUGAAAAAUUCUCAUUCUGUUUUCAUUUCCUUCCUAUUGGUAAUUGUCUGCUGAUUUGUUUUGUUUUUUUUCUUUUGUCUGUUUUCUUUUGACCCCAAUUUACUUUUUUUUUGUGUGUACUGAAAAAGUGAAAUGUUUUAUUUGUAUCUUUAUUUAAGGGAAAGAGUUAAGGAACACUGUAUACAUGGCUGUUUUUUUUCUUUUAUUUUUUUUAUUAUUGUUCUUCCUGUCUGGUGUCUGUUCUCUAGUCACACUAAUGUGGAAGAUUUGAGAAAGCACACUAAGCCACAUGGGCUGUACCUCCUUAGUCCUAUUGUGGUUUAAGGAGAACUACACACAAUUGUUUUCAUAUGUUAUAGUACACGGUUAAAUGUACUAAACUAUUUAUUGUUUUUGGGGUUGUUUUCUAUUUCAUAAUCCAUCUCUCCCUCCUACUGAUGUGGCCAUGAUGAUGAAUGUGACUGUCCCAACUUUCUAACUGUUCCAUACACUGAAUGCACAGCUCCAUAAGUACAUUACAGUUUCCAUUUCAGAUGUUCUGCAAAAACGGAGAAGCACCAACUACUUGGUCUAUAUGUACAGUACUUGAUAAAUGAUUUACUCCUAUCAGUGACCUCACUCGUUUGGAAAGGGUGUUCCAUUUUGCCAUGCAGGAAUGCAAAACACACCUAGAAAAGAGGAUUAACUACUAUUAAGCAAUUUGUUCAAUAUCUGCUCAGCAUUAACAUUAUUCUGUCUCUUACUGAUUGUCAUCUGCCAUGAGAAUAGACUUGGUUCUGUUGCUAUUAAGUGAAUUACAUGAUAUACCAUACACACAAUUAUGUACUCAUUUAUUCUGGUGUUCUGAGUUAUUGCUAAACGCUCAGGUGCAAAAAUGUUCUCAUGUCAGGUUGCAGUUAAUAAAAGACUGAACAUACAUUGCUGAAUGUUUAACGUUUUAAUUCUUCUCUCAAGUCUUAUUUUAAAUUUUGUUUUUCCUAUUUGGUCUUACAUCGCAAUCCUCUCCCCCGUGUGGUAUAUAGUGUAUAAUAUGCUGAAUUGUAUUUUUUUCUUUAAAUAUAUAAAGAACUAGG